AUGUGCUUACGCGGUGAGCGCCCCGUGCGCUCACCCUUCGCCCGGUAUUCGGCGGCCUCCGGCGCUUGCCGGGAACGAUGCGUCUAUCGGGGUGCAUCGUUACAUGCUUCUACUCAAGUCAACGAGGAUGCUCUCAACGAGUUACUGACAAAAUUCUGGGUUCAAGAGGAGGUGCCUACUCACGAUGUCAACCAACUCACUCCUGACGAGCAGAGGUGCGAAGAGCACUUCAAGGCCACACACUCUCGUGAUUCUUCAGGGAGAUACGUCGUCAGGAUUCCGCUCAAAUCGCCAGUAUAUCUUCUGGGUGAUUCGUACCACGUCGCCCAUCAGUGCCUCAAGGGACUACGCAGACGAUUCUCAAGGGAUGUGAACUAUCAACGUCUCUAUCAACAAUUCAUGAUGGAGUACGAGACACUCAACCACAUGACGAAGGCAUCAUCCAUCUCCAGUCGUCGCUCACACUUCUACCUACCACAUCACGGUGUUCUCAAGCCUGACAGUACAACAACAAAACUGCGAGUCGUAUUUAAUGGCUCCAGCGCAUCCACAUCGGGCUACUCGGUCAACGACCUCAUGUAUACUGGAGCGAAAUUGCAUCUGAACAUCUCCGAUGUUCUCCUCUGGAUACAAAGACAUCGUCACAUUUUCGCUACGGAUAUCACCAAGAUGUACAGGCAGAUAAAAAUUCACAAGGAUGACUGGGAGCUACAGCGGAUACUCUGGAUGGACGAUCAACUCAAUGAAGUGCCAUACCAUCUGACAACCGUCACCUACGGGACAAAGGCCGCGCCGUUCUUGGCCGUUAGGACGCUGUUACAACUAGCAGAGGACGAAGGACAUAAAUAUCCACUGGCUGUGCCAUCCAUCACUCAUGGCAGGUAUGUCGAUGACAUAUUUGGUGGUGCAGAUACGAUUCAACAAUUGCAGGAGGUUCCACAUCAACUAAAGGGCCUCUGCAUGGCGGGCGGCUUCCCACUAGCAAAAUGGCAUGCUACUCAUCUCAACAUACUCAAGACUGUCACCGACAGCGAAGACCAAGGCUUACCAAUCACAUUCGACGACUGCGCAACCAAGAUACUCGGACUCAAAUGGCUCCCUCAUGAAGAUACAUUUGCAUUCUCAACGCGAAGCUCACGCAAGGAAGGCAGGCUCACAAAACGCCUCGUUUUAUCUGAAGUGGAUCAGAUAUUCGAUCCACUUGGCUUUGCAUCACCCGUCGUGAUCAAGGCCAAAAUUCUCUUGCAGGAGCUGUGGCUGCACAAGCUCCAAUGGGAUGAUCCACUGCCAUCCCAGCUCUCAACCCGGUGGCUCUCCAUCAGAGAAGAACUCACAAGUCUGGCCAGACUCUCAAUACCUCGGUGGCUCAAUACAUGGAGCGACUCGCAAGUGGAACUUCAUGGAUUCUCUGAUGCUUCUCAAUUGGCAAUGGCUGCAGUCAUAUACAUAUCCGUUCACGACUCAGACGGCGCCACGUUCUCACUUGUGUGCUCCAAAACUAAGGUAGCACCUCUCAAGCGGCUCUCAAUCCCGCGACUUGAACUCACGGCUGCUCUUCUACUCUCUCGGCUCAUGCAAUACGUCACAGCCACUUUGAACAUGGACGUUACGGCAACGCAUAUGUGGACGGACUCUCUAGUGGCACUCUCGUGGAUCAGAUCUCAUGCAUCACGCUGGAAGGAUUUCGUCAGGAACAGGGUGACUCAAAUUCAAGAACUCACUCCAGCUGCUCACUGGAGAUACAUCCCUGGAACUUCUAAUCCGGCUGAUUGCGCAUCACGAGGCCUCACGACUGCUCAGCUUCAAAACCACGCACUUUGGUGGACGGGACCACCAUGGAUAAUCAAACCAGACUCAUGGCCGUCGCAACCAGCACUCUCUGAGGAGAUGAGUGCAACAGAAGCUCGCCCAGGCGUUUCGUUAUUGACGGUCACGCCGAGGACUGAAUAUCAAUGGGAACUCAUCUACAGGUACUCAAACCUCACGAAACUAUUGAGGAUUACAGGUCUCUGUUUCAGAUUCGUCUCACGGUUGAAGAAAGUCCACGACUCAUUGCCUGUCAGACACAUCUCUCCAGAGACCUUGGAGAAAGCGAGGCUCUUCUGGAUUCAGGCAACUCAAGCAAC